AUGGCGAUGGAGAUGAGGCUUCCCGUCGCUCGCAAGCCCCUUAGCGAGAGCUUGGACCGCGAUACUAAGAAACACCUGGUGGUUCCGGGGGACACGAUUACCACGGACACGGGAUUCAUGCGGGGCCAUGGAACUUACAUGGGGGAAGAGAAGCUCAUUGCAUCUGUGGCUGGCUCCGUGGAGAGGGUAAACAAGUUGAUCUGUGUGAAAGCCUUGAAAACCAGAUAUAAUGGUGAAGUAGGAGACAUUGUAGUGGGGAGAAUCACAGAGGUUCAACAGAAGAGGUGGAAGGUAGAGACCAACUCCAGGCUGGAUUCAGUCUUGCUUCUCUCGUCUAUGAACCUUCCUGGAGGAGAGCUGAGGAGAAGAUCUGCGGAAGAUGAGCUGGCCAUGAGAGGUUUCUUGCAGGAAGGGGACCUUAUCAGUGCGGAAGUCCAGGCAGUAUUCUCUGAUGGAGCGGUGUCUCUGCACACAAGGAGUCUGAAAUACGGAAAACUAGGUCAGGGGGUUCUGGUCCAGGUGUCCCCCUCCCUGGUGAAGCGGCAGAAGACUCACUUCCAUGACCUGCCGUGUGGUGCGUCGGUGAUUCUGGGCACCAACGGCUUCAUCUGGAUCUACCCGACGCCUGGCCACAAAGAAGAGGAUGCAGGGGGCCUCACCGCAAACCUGGAGCCUGUCUCCCUCGCUGACCGAGAGGUGAUCUCCCGGCUUCGGAACUGCAUCGUCUCGCUGGUCACUCAGAGGAUGAUGUUGUACGAUACCAGUAUCCUGUAUUGCUAUGAGGCGUCCCUUCCGCAUCAGAUCAAAGACAUCUUAAAGCCAGAAAUAAUGGAGGAAAUAGUGAUGGAAACGCGCCAGAGGCUUUUAGAACAGGAGGGAUGA